AUGUUGCAUGUCCUCCAUCGAAGGAAAGAGGCUGCUGAUCCUAACAAGGUCAGAUCGUUCUCCGUCAUGGUUGACAAAGCUCCAGAGUUCUUCUUAGGACUUUAUGUCGCACGCGACCUGCGCGCCAUCCUCUUUCUCACCUUCUUAAUCGCGGCCCUUGACACUCAACAAGGCUUGAUACCUAAUUAUGAGCGGCCAAUUGCUCGCCGGGAAACUCUCCAAUGGCUUCGUCUUGCGCGCAUCCGUUUAUUGAUGAAUCGCUCUUUCCAAAUACUGGAGGAGCUGUUUCAAGUCGAUGGUGUGAACAGUUUGGAGAACUGUCGUGUUGCCUUCCAUGUCCUAUCAGCCAUUGGAGGUGGAAAAAUGUUAUGGCUCACUGAUCAUGUCCGAAUUGCACUAUGGCCCAGCAUACCUGUUCUCAUCCUGCUGGUCUGGCUACUACUCACCUAUGCGAUCUUCCCUGCGAACGUGACAGACCGCCAUUAUCUGACUGUCAGUCCGGUGAUUGGAUUCAUCUUCAUCACGAUCGCAUUUAUCAUCCCCUCCGCGGGCCAGCCUCAAGAAUGUUAUAAUGAAAUCACUCCGAAUGAUAUGGGGAAUGACGCGAGGUGUGCUGCAGUGGGAGUCACACUAUUUUUCGGGGCAUGGCUAGUAAUUCUAAGCUGCUUCUUCAGAUCGGUCGCAUUACAUCUUUCAGUCUGCUGGGAGAUCAAGCCCGGCUCGAUAUUCAAAUACAUCUCGCUCGGCACCACUUUCCUUGGAUCUGCUGCUCUCGUCGCCGUCGUCCUCUCAAUCAGUGGUGUCCAAUACACCUUCGGCAGAAUCUGCUAUUUGAUCCCCCACCACGACGAAGCAACUUUCUGGGGUCCUCUACUAAGCGUCUCUAUUAUCUCUCUGCUCCUCCAACUUCUCACAAUAACGUAUUGUGUCAUCCUCAUCCUCAGACCGUGGUUCAACUGCCAAAAGCUCCGCUGGUCGGGGUAUACCCCGUCUUCCGACGAAGAACGUGUCCUCGGCGCACAGCGAACAGCGUCGAGAGUUAGGAAGAUUGUGCAGAUGCAGUGGCGAGCCAUCCUAAUUACGGUCCUGAUCCUAAUAUACGUCUGUUUCCUAGCUGCUGUCUUUAUGCAGCUGCGCCAAUUCGACGAUUAUCCAGCGUCAGAUAGACGCGUAUGGUUCGAAUGCCUACAAUCGUCGAAUGGUGAUAAGAACCCAUGCCUUUCACUCGCCACAACCUUAGGACCUAAUGAGCCAGAACUAUGGGCUGUUCUGUACAUGCUGAUACUGAGUGGCCUGUUGGCUAUUGCUAUCUUUUUUCGAUCCUCAAUGUGUCGAGCCUGGCUCAGCCUCUUGAAAGGAGAGAAACGGCCGCUGACCCCUAUUCACCGACUGAGCGACCAGCCACGACGAACACCGGAUAGCGACGAGGAUGUAGAAAUUGCGACCCAGACAUCCUCUGGUCACUUCGACUUUGCCUUCUCACCCACUAGUGAAUCGGGGAGCCUGACGAAAAACCCGACGUUUCCUUACCAUAUGACCUAG